AUGGGGACAGCUAGGGCGCUGCUCAUAGAAUCUGGGCUGAGCAACUCGAUGUGGCCCCAUGCUGUUCGGCACGCUACCGUGGCUAGGAACAGGGUACUCACCAAGGUUGGGGAUGACUCGUGGGUGCCAUUGGAGAGGUGGCUUGGGAGGAAGCCGCCGGUGGACAUGCUGAGGGUAUUUGGUUGCAUGGCAGUCGCCCACGUCCCCAAGACCUACCGCAGUAAGUUGGGGGCGAGUGCAAUCUGGUGUGUGCAUUUGGGGCUGGCUGCUGAGAGCAAGGGAUGGUUGCUGUGGGAACCACGCAAGGGUGUGCUGUUUGACAGCAGGGAUGUGAAGUUUGUUGAGGGCCUGAUGUAUGGGGGCUGGAAGCAACAGCCAGAGGCCAAGAUAUCACAGGAGAUGGAGCAGAUCACCAUGCAGCUGGACCUGACUCCUAGUGUGCAGGAGGAGGGAGAGGAGGUAGCUGCAGAGGGUGGUGAUGGAGAGAAGGUGCAGGAGGCACGUGCUAAUGGAGGAGGUGAUGUGGAGACUAGUGGUAGCAUCAGGGAAGCUGCUGAAUCUGAGGGAGGAGAGCAGCAGCAAGGCAAAGCUAAGGUGCCUAAGCUACCACAAAGGAGGAAGCCAAAGGGUGUUGUAAUGAAGGGAUGGGAGACACCCGUCUCUAGGCCAGGACGCACCCGCAUGGCAACAAUGAAGCUGACUGCAGGAGCUGAUGCAGCAGAGCAACAGCUUGGGAAUGAGGAGGCAUUGCUGAUUUUACCUCAUGGCAAUGACCCGGAUGAGGAGGAUGAGCCUGCGUACUGUUUUCUUGCCCCUGCAUCAGAGGAACCAGCUAGCAUGGAGGAGGCAUUAGCUGGACCAGAUAGGGACAAGUGGCUGGCUUCUAGGGAUGCUGAGUAUCAGAGCCUGCUGGAGAAUGGGACUUGGGAACUAGUGGUGCUGCCUGAGGGAAAGAAAGCGGUACAAUGCAAGUGGGUGCUAAGGAUCAAGACUGACGACAAGGGGCAGGUCACCAUCUACAAGAGUAGGUUGGUGGCUAAGGGAUUUAUGCAGAAGGAGAAGCGGGACUUCAAUGAGAUCUUUGCUCCCACUGCCAAACCCCCUACCCUUCGUGUCUUGUUGGCAGAUGCAGCCGUUAGUGGGAAAUUCAUUAUCCAGAUGGAUAUAUCAACGGCAUUCCUCAACGGGAUUUUAGAGGAGGAGGUGUUCAUGACGCAGCCGCCUGGGUAUGAGGAUGGUACGGGCAGGGUGUGCAAGCUGAAAAGGUCCAUCUACGGCUUGAAGCAGGCGCCACGCUGCUGGUACCAGAAGUUGGCAGCUGUUUUAGAGGAGAUAGGGUUCAGGACCAGCAGCUGUGAUGAGAGCCUCUUUCUCAAGGGGGAGGGGGAGGAGCUGGUGAUGUUUCUGGUCUACGUGGAUGACAUUCUUCUCUUCAGCAGCAACAAGAAGGAGAUCCAGAAAGUGCAGCAGCAGCUGAUGGAGAACUUCAAGUGCAAGAACCUUGGGGAGGUAAAGUACUACCUCGGGAUGCACGUGGAGAGGGAUCUGGAUCACAGGUGGUUGAAGCUGCACCAAGAGAAGUUCAUCAAGGAGCUGGGUGAGAAGUAUGGGACUGAGAAUGAGCGCAAGGUUGCUACUCCCUUGCCAGCAGAUUUCAAGCUUGUGAAGGCUGCAGAGGAUGAAGGGGUUGAAGCCGAGGAGCAGCAGCAAUUUCAGUCCUUGGUGGGCAGCCUCUUGUAUGCAGCAGUUCACACGAGGCCCGACAUCUCUUUCUCGGUUGGGCAGCUGGCUAGGGUGGUGCAGAAUCCAUCAGAGGAGCAGGUGGAUGCAGCUGAGCGUGUGGUGAAGUAUCUGAACUCUCACCCAAGCAUUGGAGUUCAAUACUCCGCAUCUGCACAAGUGAAGCAGAAAGGGGUUGAGGUGCUGAAGGAGAAGGGGGAGCGGCUUGGAGAAGGCAAGCUGUUUCUGACUUGCUUUACCGAUGCUACAUGGGCUUCUGAGAAGGAGGAUUCCUCAUCUGUGGGAGGAUACAUCUGCGUAGUUGGGGGAGGACCUGUUAGUUGGAGGUCCAAGAAGCAGACGGAGACGGCACUCUCCUCUGUUGAAUCAGAGUACAUGGCAAUGUUCCAUGGGGUGAAGGAGGUGAUUUGGCUGAGGAGGCUGUUAGAGGAGAUUGGCCAGGAGCAGAAGGUUGCUACGCCGCUGUUUUGUGACAGCAAGGGGGCUCUUGGGAUGGCCAGGAACGCUGUGCUUCAUGGGCUGAACAAGCACAUGCGUAUCAAGUGA